AUUGCAAAUGGUGGAGAGAGAAGAGAGGAGCUGAGCAGUAAAAUAAGGUGUAUAUCACUACAUGGAACUUGAAGAAGACGCUUGGCUUAGUUAGUUAACCAGGAUUCUUCACCAACAAACAUUACACGUCUACUUUCAAGAAAAGCAAUUACUAACUAAAUCUUCAAUAAUUUUUUGUGCAAGACUGAUGAGGUGGCUUUGCUUACAUGGAAGGGGGACCAGCGCACAGAUUUUUGAGAUGCAGACAGCAAGGAUUAGAGAGGCACUUGGCCGCGAUCACGAAUUCGUGUUUGUCAACGGCACCGUGUCAACCGAUCCCGACAUUGGUGCUGAUGCGAUCACCGACGAGUUUUUCGGUUAUGUCGCCCACGAUGUAGAUCAAGAUCGAGAACUGUGCGACAACAUGAUAGAGUUUGUCGAGAGCCAGGGGCCAUUUGAUGGAUUCAUGGGGUUCUCCGAAGGCGGCACCGUAGCCGCUAUGAUGCUUGUCGAAGAUGCCUGGCAUGGUUCAUUUGGCGGUAUCAAAUGUGCCGUUUUCUUUUCCGCCGCUGUACCCUUUGAUCCCGACCAGGCCCGCGCUGGCGUAAUCCGAUAUAUCGAUCCCGACACAGAUGGGGUUCUCUUGACUAUUCCAACAGCUCAUAUAUGGGCCCAUAAUAUCAAGGCUCAUGAUAUUAAGGUUCAUGAGUCCCUGAGCCGGAUUUGUGAUGGGAAAGUUAAAGAAGUGUCUCUCCAUGACUUGGGUCAUGACGUACCAGGGGCAAAAUCGGACAAGGGGUUAGCUGAAGCGCUCCGAGCCAUCGAACACGUGAUUGAGAAUGCUAUGGACAAUGCCAGAUGACAGAUCACAAAUAGAUGAGAAUACCAAAUGAAAAAUGCGUCUGAAGUAACUAAACCUGGUGGUACGCAACUAUGAAGUCUCAUAUUCUUUUAGGUUAGGUUACGUACGCACAUACACCAUCCAAUAUUUCAUGGUACGACAGCAGCCCACACGAAUGCAACUCAUAAUGACUAAUAAAAUUCUACCGCUGGUUCCAUCGUUCCAAGGAUUGCAGCUUUUGAAACCUCAGGCCAGGGGAUCUGCUCCUUAUCCAAGCCUACGGAACGAGCGCUAAUACCCGCUCUCCCGCUUCA